GUGUGAAAAAUAGAAAACGUUUUAGUUUGAAAGAUACCAAAAUACAAAUGUAAAACAUAGCAAAAUGCAAAACUUAGUGACCGCUGGCAUCACUGGAGCUUGGCUGUGGGUCGUCUACGUCAUCAUCAGCUGUUGCAGCGCUCGGGCUGGCGGGAGCAUUUGCUCGUUUCAUAAACCAGGAGCUGGGGCGGAAACUGUAUGAUGGAGUGCGCAAGGGAGCGCGAGAGAGACUGCGCAUGUGCCUGGAGCUGGGGCGGAAACUGUAUGACGGAGUGCGCGAUGGAGCGCGAGAGAGACUGCGCAUGUGCCUGGAGCUGGGGCGGAAACUGUAUGACGGAGUGUGCGAUGGAGCGCGAGAGAGACUGCGCAUGUGCCUGGAGCUGGGGCGCAAACUGUAUGACGGAGUGCGCGAUGGAGCGCGAGAGAGACUGCGCAUGUGCCUGGAGCUGGGGCGGAAACUGUAUGACGGAGUGCGCAAGGGAACGCGAGAGAGACUGCGCAUGUGCCUGGAGCUGGGGCGCAAACUGUAUGACGGAGUGCGCGAUGGAGCGCGAGAGAGACUGCGCAUGUGCCUGGAGCUGAGGCGGAAACUGUAUGACGGAGUGCGCAAGGGAGCGCGAGAGAGACUGCGCAUGUGCCUGGAGCUGGGGCGGAAACUGUAUGACGGAGUGCGCAAGGGAGCGCGAGAGAGACUGCGCAUGUGCCUGGAGCUGGGGCGGAAACUGUAUGACGGAGUGCGCAAGGGAGCGCGAGAGAGACUGCGCAUGUGCCUGGAGCUGGGGCGGAAACUGUAUGACGGAGUGCGCAAGGGAGCGCGAGAGAGACUGCGUGUGUGCCUGGAGCUGGGGCGGAAACUGUUGUACGCGGCGAGAGGCUGGAUGCUGGGCGCUGCCAGGAGCUGGGGCGGAAACUGUCGUACGCUCAGCUAGCUCAGCUGGGAAACACUUGCCAGUCAUAACCAGACGGUCGUAAAGUCAAUCAGUCCCUGAUGAGAAUCUCGAGCCCUUCUUUGAUUCCCUGGUGAGGCAGACGAGCGUUCCCAACCUGUUCUCCCUGCAGCUGUGUGGCGCGGGUUUCACUCAGAACUACAGCCUGGGCAGUGCCACAGUGGGAGGCAGUAUGAUCAUUGGAGGAAUUGACCCUUCGCUGUAUGUGGGAGAAGUGUGGUACACUCCAAUUCGCCGUGAAUGGUAUUAUGAGGUCAUUAUUGUUCGCAUUGAAGUCAACGGACAAGAUCUCAACAUGGACUGCAAGGAGUAUAAUUACGAUAAGAGCAUCGUUGACAGCGGCACCACAAACCUGCGCCUCCCUCGUAAAGUGUUCCAGGCAGCUGUGAAGGCCAUCGAAGCAGCUUCUUCAACUGAGCAGUUUCCUUCAGGUUUCUGGCUGGGUGAGCAGUUAGUCUGUUGGCAAGCUGGCACCACGCCCUGGCACAUCUUCCCAGUCAUUUCCCUUUAUUUGAUGAGUGAAAAUCGUAACCAGUCCUUUCGCAUCUCCAUUCUGCCCCAGCAGUAUCUCAGGCCCGUAGAGGACGUGGCUUCAGCGCAGGAGGACUGCUACAAGUUUGCUGUGUCACAGUCGAGCACGGGGACGGUCAUGGGUGCUGUCAUCAUGGAGGGCUUCUAUGUUGUAUUCGAUCGUGAACAUAAACGUAUCGGCUUUGCCGUCAGCACGUGUCAUGUUCAUGAUGAGUUCCGUACCGCGUCAGUGGAGGGCCCCUUCCAUGGCGUAGAGCUGGAAGACUGCGGCUACAACGUGCCCCAGACAGAUGAGUCCACCCUUAUGACCAUCGCCUAUGUCAUGGCAGGAAUCUGCGCCCUCUUCAUGUUGCCCCUCUGCCUCAUGGUGUGCCAGUGGCGCUUUGCCCGCUGCCUGCACCCACCAGGCUCCGGCGACUUUGCAGAUGACUUGAAUCUCCUGAAAUGAGCCAUAAUUUUAGCAUCUUGACUCACAACCAGGUCACUGCUUGUCUGUAGCAAGAGUUUGAUCAGAGAGAGGGGGACCAGAAAUAAUGUGAUGGUGUACUGUAUAUAGGCAAAUGCAUCUAUAUGGCAUGUGAUUGGACUGUUGCAAUAUGGGAAGAGUAAAACCUCCCAUUUGAUGGUCCCGUCUUAUUUAGUCUUUCAAGUGUGGACAGCCGUGUUGAGGCUUCCUAAGUGUAUAAUCUGUAUGACAAGUGCGUAUGUACGUGUGUGUGUGUGUGUAUGUGUGACUAAGAGCUCUUACGAUGUCAUAACCUUGACUAAAACCUGAAACUUGAGAUAAUAAUGUGCAAUUUCUGAUUAUUUGUAAUCUAUAAUGCCAGCCUUUGAAAAGGAUCUCACACAUUUACUAACGACACAGAGGACCUGCUAUUGUGAAUGUAGGUAUUAUAAAAGCUUACGAAGAUGAAUAUUUAUUUUAGAGGUCUGUUUAUGGAAAUGGCUCAUCUGUGUAACAAAAAAGCUCUUUGUAUUCGCUAUUAUUUCAUUGUGAAGCUGAAUAGUAGUUUUGUGCUGGCUUAAUGUGUGACACAUAUGGGAAAAUAUAUGCGUGCAAACUUGACACACACACACACUAAUCUGAUAAUAUAAAUGUAUUUUUCACAUUCACACGUACACACCAAUACAGAAGCACAGACUGACACAUAACUAGCCUUCAAAAAGCCCAUAAUCUCUAUAAGAAGGCAUAUGAGAUACAUGCAAAGUUUGGAAUUGCCUAUGCAGAAAAAUAGGUAUAUAUUAUGUUAUGUACAUAAUAUAUACAGUAUGUUAUAUAAUACAAUAUGUCAAGCUGCAAUCCAGUCAAUGCAAAUCAGUUAUUUUACAGAGACUUAUUUUAAUGUUUACAGGAAUGUCUUUUUUUCAUUUUUUUUUUAAACAUGAAUUACACUGGACUGUGCUAAAAUACUUCAAUCGACUUCAAAUCGGUUUUCUGAAUUUUCUGUUUUCAUACAAAGCACUAUUCAACAUGUACUGAAUACAAAUUGAAAUCAGACUCCUCUGUGCUUCCUGGUCUGAAAUCUCCUAAUAUCGACUUUAAACUAGCGAGAAAGAAAAAGGUUUAAAUGAUAUCUUAUGUAGCAUGUUAAUCCACAAUCUCCUGGUCUAAACCUGGAAACCAUCACAUCUAAUGAAAUCUAGUUACAUCUUUAUUCUAACCAAUUAACAGUUAUUCCAUGAAAUCGAGUUGUAUAUGAGCUGAUAGCCGACAAGGCGCGCAGCACAGAGUUGGCUAGAAACCAUGUAUGGUGAGAUUGAAUGGAAUAACUCUUUUAUUCUAUCCACAUUCCCUGGAUUUUGAGAAACGGAACAUUUUUUAAAAUUUUUUGCAAAUUCGAUAAAUAAAAACUUUUAUACAAUAUGUCUGACAAUUAUUUCUGCUUAGAAUAUAAACAAACCAGCGAAAUGACAGUAGCAAUUUGUGAAAAAUGCUAUAAUAAUUCCGGGCGGCACGGUGAUGUAGUGGUUAGCGCUGUCGCCUCACAGCAAGAAGGUCCUGGGUUCGAGCCCCGUGGCCGGCGAGAGCCUUUCUGUGCGGAGUUUGCAUGUUCUCCCCGUGUCCGCGUGGGUUUCCUCCGGGUGCUCCGGUUUCCCCCACAGUCCAAAGACAUGCAGGUUAGGUUAACUGGCGACUCUAAAUUGACCGUAGGUGUGAAUGUGAGUGUGAAUGGUUGUCUGUGUCUAUGUGUCAGCCCUGUGAUGACCUGGCGACU